GACAUGGCGCUGGCGAGGUGGGAACACCAACUACGGAAAGAGCAAACCUCGUAAAAAGAUUGAAAGUGUACGGAUUUAUAUUUCUAUACUUUUGACGGCGGUCCAGAUUUGGAUUAACAGAGCUGAACAAGAUGAUGUCUGAUGCCAGUGACAUGUUGGCAGCCGCCUUGGAGCAAAUGGAUGGUAUCAUAGCAGGCUCCAAGGCUCUGGACUACUCCAACGGCAUCUUUGACUGUCAGUCCCCUACAUCGCCCUUCAUAGGAAGCCUGCGAGCGCUAAACUUACUGGAAGACCUGAGGGGCAUUCUGGAGCUCAUGGAGACUGAAGAGAGAGAGAGCUUGCGUUGCCAGAUCCCAGACUCCACCGCAGACAGUUUGGUGGAGUGGCUGCAUGGUCACCUGUCAAAUGGACACAUUUCCAUCACCGGUGAUGUUUACCAGGACAGACUUAAUCGUCUUGAAAGUGAUAAAGAAUCCCUUGUGCUUCAGGUGAGUGUUUUGACGGAUCAAGUGGAUGCACAGGGAAAAAGAUAAGGGACCUAGACCUGUGCCUAGAUGAACACCGUGAAAAACUAAACGCCACUGAAGA